AUGGAUGUCCUCAACGAGACCUGUGUCCACCCAUCCACAUUCAUCUUGCUAGGAAUCCCCGGGUUGGAGUCCUUACACGUCUGGAUCUCUAUCCCGUUCUUCAUAAUCUUCUUCAUCGCCGUUGUGGGAAAUUACUGUGUCCUUCUGAUCAUCGUCACGGAUGUGAGCCUCCAUCAGCCCAUGUAUCUCUUUUUCACUAUGUUGGCCUUCGUUGACUUAGUGCUGGCCAACAGCACCAUGCCCAAGCUCCUCGGCAUCUUCUGGCGCCACUCCAAUGACAUUGACUUCCACACCUGCCUGCUCCAGAUGUUCUUCGUCCACGCGUUUUCCACCAUUGAAUCUGGAAUCUUCGUGGCCAUGGCUUUUGACAGAUACGUUGCAAUCUGCUAUCCUCUCAGAUAUGUGAUCGUCUUAUCACCAGGGGUGAUCGUUAAGAGCGGAGUCCUGGCGGUGAUACGCGGGGUGGCAUAUAUCCUGCCCCUGCCGCUCUUGGCUUUGAGGUUCUAUGAGUACAGAAGCAAUAUUAUCCUGCACUCGUACUGCGAGCACAUGGCCGUCGUGCGGCUGGCCUGCGGAGACGUGACUGUUAAUGACCACGUUGGGAUAACCAUUGGGUUUCUGGUCCUGAUAAUGGACUCCUUGCUGAUAGUUCUGUCUUACGCGAUGAUUCUCCGGACUCUUUUAAGACUGGCGUCCGAAGCUCGUCUGAAGGCGUUCGGCACGUGCAUUUCCCACGUCUGCGCCAUCCUAACAUUCUAUGUACCUAUCAUGUCCUCGUCUUUGGUUCACAGAUUUGGAACCAACGUCCCUCACCAUACCCACAUAUUACUGGCAAACUCCUACCUCCUCCUCCCUCCCCUGCUCAACCCUCUGAUCUACGGAAUAAGAACUAAGCAGAUUCGGCAAAAAGUGUCAAAACUAAUUUUUUAAAGCGCUCCAGAUAACUAUAUUAAUUGCACGCACAUUAACCGUAUGAUGUCAGGCGGGUGUUAACAUGCAUCGCCAUGUCAAGGCAUCGCGUGAACUUUGUGUGUUAUUUGAUGUAUUAAAAUUACUUUU